UCCCGCAUCCUUCCUCUUCGUCUUGCUUCCCUCCUCCUCCUUCUUCUCCUCCUCCUCCUUCCUCCAUCCCCCAUCCCCAGGCUCUCUCAGUUAUAGUGUGACUCUCCACGGACACUAUCGCCCAGGAUGCCGCAAUACCUACCGUCAUGUAUCCACUACUAAUGCCCGAUCUUCGUCGCCGACUUGCGGCUCCCCAAAAGCGCUCAUAUUCCGCCCGACCAUUUUGGGCAUGCUUGCUGGCUUUCUCAUGCCUUGCCGCUCUCAGCUGGGCUUCCGGGCGUCUGAAUCAUGGUGUCACGGCUCCACUAGCUCCGUCAGCUGAGCAGGUCCUGCUUCACGACGUCCAUCGACUUAGGCGGGAUAACGCUGUGGAGUGCCGUUUAGUCCGUCAAGCCAAAGAUCAAUGUUCCUUCGUCCUCUCGAAUUGCGCUGAUCACGAGGACGGUCUCUUCUCGUACCUCCAGUUUUACUAUUGUACCGCCGCAAAUUUCAAACCAGCCGGAUUCAUUGUCAUCAUUCUAUGGUUGUCGCUACUCUUUAGUACCAUUGGCAUUGCUGCCAGCGAUUUUCUCUGUGUUGAUUUGAGCACCUUGGCCAGCGUUCUCGGUUUGAGCGAAAGCUUAACUGGUGUCACCUUUCUUGCUUUCGGAAAUGGGAGCCCCGACGUAUUUUCUACCUUCGCCGCCAUGCGGUCAAACAGUGGGAGCUUGGCAAUUGGAGAGCUGCUGGGAGCUGCAAGCUUCAUAACAUCCGUUGUUGCUGGCUCAAUGGCGCUGGUCCGCCCAUUCAAGGUCGCCCGGAGAAGUUUCGUUCGUGACGUCGGGUAUUUUAUCUUGGCCGUGGCCUUCAGUAUGUUUCUGUUAGGUGACGGUCGCCUCCAUGUCUGGGAGUCGGCCAUGAUGGUAGCCCUUUAUUGUUUCUACGUCGUGUUGGUGGUAACGUGGCAUUGGUAUUUGACUCGACAGCGUCGCGUAUAUGAGAGGAACAUAGCCGCCCGGUCUCACUUUCACAUACCCGACAACCAGGAGCUUGAUAUCGAAGAAGAGGAAGACGAUGACCCGGGGGUCGCAUCGGAGGCUACAAGUCUUCUUCGCGGCGAGGACUUUGACGCUCUCGAGAGGUCCGGUGUGCCAACUUGGCAGGAAGGGGAGGAAGAUGACGAAACCCGCAAUCGGUAUCUCGCUGAAAUCCGCGACAACAUGCACAUUUAUCGCCCUUCUACUCGCAGGCGCAAUACGUUGAAUCCCAUCAGGCCCAGUCUGGUGGGCGCUCUAGAGUUCCAGUCGGUACUUUCUUCUCUUCAGAGGUCGAAAAAUAUUCAUCAUCACGAGCCCAUCGACCUCGGGAGUUGUUCAGAUGAUGAGCGUUCCCAUUCUCGUUCGCAACAGUCCGACAAUGCUUCUGUCGUGUCCCAUCCCUGUGCCGGCCGUGUCUCUGCUGGUGACCGCUUAUCUCCUAAUCGAGCCAUAGGUUCUGUCCGCACUCGAGCAGUGUCUGCCAAUGCUGCCGCAGACCUGAAACUAGAUACGAGCAUGUUUAGUUCCCACUUCCAACAACCCCGUGUCACUGUUAGCCGACCUUCUGCGGACACUCACGCCUCGGUAACGACGGGCGCCUUACCACCCGACCAGGGCUCAGGAUCAAACCUAUCGCCUCAGUCAAACAUGCGUCUCCAGAGCCCUAACCUACUUGCGCCUCCGGAUGCUUUCAAUUCUCCAACCUAUCAAGUGACAAGUUCACGUCCUCGCUCCCCGCUUUCGUUAUCCCCACGCGAUACGUCCCCCUCCCCUGGUCCUGCCGAUGCCUUUCCAGAGAGUUCUAUAAGCCCGUUCCCACUCUUCCAAGAUGCACCAAGCGGUCCAAGCCCCGCAUCCUCGAAGGCGCCGAGCUUACGCCUCCCGGCCGCUUUCGUCCCUACGGAGCUGCUGCAGAUACAUGAUAGCGUCUUUGAUAGUGGGAGUAAUCUGGCGACAACGCCGACGUGGUGGCCAACUCUAUCGCUCACUUCUCAGCCGAUUCUACCAACCCUGUUUCCAACAUUAGCCGACUGGAAAUCUAAAACAUUCUGGGAACGACUACUGGGGAUUGUUGCAGCACCUAGUGUGCUGCUUCUGACAAUCACUCUUCCUGUGGUUGAACCUGUGCAACUCGACAAUGGUGCAAAUGCUGUUUCGGUCAUAGUGACUUCAGCGGACGGUGAAAAUGCGCCAUCACCUGCUGUAAGACUGCCGGAGGACAGCCCACUUCUGCGUGCCUUUGAUCCAGAGUCCAUCAUCCAAAGCCCAGUGGAUCAGAAUGGCAAGACGCAACCGGGACCGAGACAUUUACGUUUUGAUUCUGAGUUGCCGGCCAUCCAAACAAAUAUGGACUCCCCAUCGCCAUCUUCGAAGGAGUGGUGCGUUUGGUUAGUUUGGACACAAAUUUUUAUGGGCCCCUUCUUCGUCGCCUUGAUGUACUGGACGACGGUGGACUCCGAGUUAGAGGCCCGGAAUCUCUUAUUGCCCUCGAUGGUUUCCCUUCUCUUUUCCUUGAUAUGCAUCACUUGUCUGAUGAUCAGCACGCGGCACAACCUAUCCUCCCAGCCUCCCAGUGCUUGGCGUCCUGUUCUUGCCUUUUUAGGCUUUGUUGUUGCGAUCUGCUGGAUUGCAACCAUUGCCACCGAGGUUGUCAAUCUCCUGAAGACCCUGGGUGUCAUUUUGAACAUCAGCGACUCGCUUCUGGGACUGACAGUGUUUGCGGUGGGAAAUUCCUUGGGCGACCUGGUUGCGGACAUUACUGUUGCACGCCUAGGUUAUCCCGUCAUGGCUCUGAGUGCCUGUUUCGGGGGCCCCAUGCUAAAUAUUCUCCUCGGCAUUGGUCUGGGCGGACUGUAUAUGACCCUGAACACAAAACCAGAAGCGAUAGUCAGGGCUGGCGGCUCGUACGAGAUCGAACUUUCCAAGGUCCUCAUUAUCAGCGGUGCUACUUUAUUGGUCACCCUGGUCGGCUUGCUGAUCGUCGUUCCUCUGAACAAAUGGAGAAUGGAUCAGAAGAUUGGUUGGGGCCUGGUCAUCCUAUGGGUCAUCAGCACGAUCGGCAACAUUCUCGCUGAACUUCUAUUAUGAAACAAGAGUCUAUCUCUUGUCAUUGCUCUGGAAUUCUG